CAUCGGAUAUACUUGACUGCAUACCGAUAUGUAGCUGUGAAGUAUUAGAUUACUGGUAUUAGGUAUGGGAACGAUUUUUGUCACAGUUUUAUAAACGUGAACUAUGUGUCGAUUUUAGAGGUUUAUAUGAUAAACAAUGGAGAUGGAUUUGUUGGUUAUGAGGAUUCACAUGAAGAACGUUAACUCAGGACCCAAAUAACAAACCAGACAGAUUGGUAAAUAACCGAGAAUACCAGAGAAGUUGUCAUAUCGAUCGAAAAGUUUUCAUUGAAAAUUACUUUCGUUUUGAAUUAGCAAGGAUGCACUCUUCUAUAAAGGAAGAUAAUUUUAUGUUGUUGAUCCAAGCUCUUCGAUUCACGAAUAGAGGACUUAAACAAUACGUUGACAUUUGUCUGGAAGAUAUUUAUCGUGGGAUCAUUCGAAAUGUGUCCAAAGUUGUUCCAACCUGCAAGACUUAUUGCAACAAUCUGCAUGGGAAUUCAUGGUGUGCAUAUUGUAAGAAAUGGAAGACAGAAAUAGAAAGUUAUGUUCGAUUUUCGUCAUUCAAAAAGAAACUAAGAUGGCAAGACAUUGACUUUGGAAAGUUAACAGGACCGGACAGAGAUCUGGCAAAAACUGAGUUAUUUUCUGUCUACGUCAGACGGCAUUCAAAUACACCAGUAGAGUUUGAUAUUCAAGCAAUUUUAUCAUUGUUUCAGAACUGUGUUUAUUUUGACAUCGGAAAAAACAAGACUCUUCUUGAUUCUGUUCGCAACAUUAGGAAUAAACAUUUUGCCCACACGAUAAAUUUUGAAAUCACUAGCAAGAGCUUGAAAGAUUCAAUUGAUGAACUCAUUCGUUUGUUUCAACAUCCAUCAAUGUUGAAUCACGGAAAUUCAAAGUCUUUCAUUACCAUGUUGAAGGAACUGGGGAAAAAGAAUAUGGAACUGGUUGAGACAAGUACACAUGGACUCUGUAGACAGGUAUUUGAACUCCGAUACGAUUCUGCCAUAGCACAAAAUAAAAUAGAUACAUAUUUAUUGCCACAGUCUACAAGGACAGGUACCAUCAGAUCGAUAAGGGGACAGUGUCAUUACGUUCCUGUUUUCCUCCUCCUCCUCACAUCCUUGAUUAUGGCGUAUUGGUUAAAGUACGAGACAGACACUAACAUGAAAGAUGAUUGGUACUCUAUAAUGACCAGAAAUUAUCCACAAGAACCCUAUAAUCCAGAGGGUUGCAAAACCGGUGAAUAUGAAUAUCCAUAUGCUGUUGACAUCGACUUUGAAUUCUAUCGUUCUACACACGACACCCUAGUCGGUCGAAAAUGGUUGCUUUACGAAUUGGAAAAUAUAAUGCGUUCUUCCCCUAGAGGUGUAAUGCUUAUAGCAGAAAUGGGAUAUGGAAAAUCUGCAAUAAUGUCUCAUCUCGCGUGCCAGGACGAUCAACGACAAGCAGGUUAUCCAAUAUACGAAAAUAUAUCCGUUUUCCAUAUUUGUACUUUUGGAUCGCAAAAAACAUUGCUUCCAGGAUUAUUUGUCAAAAAUAUGGCAGGAGGAUUUGCAAAGUACAUACCGAAAUUUAAACAGUAUUUGGAGCAAAAUCGAAGGUUUAAAGAUUAUUUUGAAGGUGGAAAAUGUCUUGAGGAUGCAGAAGGAUGUCUAGAUUUUCUAAUUAUCAAGACACUUCAUCAACUCAAAAAUGAAUCAAAAACUCAUAUUGUCAUCAUAGAUGCCCUGGACGAGUGCAUAGAAUAUGAUAAUAGAUUCAAUAUUGUAAGCCUGCUCCUUAGAAGAAUUACAAAAUUUCCAAAAUAUAUCAAAUUUCUAACUUCAUCCCGUAAUAUUUCACUCAUCUCUCAACUAAACCGACAUUUAACUGUGUUUGAACAAAAAGCAGAGAACGAUAAAAAUAACAGAGAUAUUGGCCUCUUUGUUAAGGAGAAACUGCGGAAUGCUCAACCGAAGGACAUCAGUAAUCUCAAAUCUGUAUUCAAAAGUGUGGACGAGAUCAGCGACAAAGCUGUGAAAUAUGGAAAAGGCAACAUGCUUUUCGUAUUGCAUGUAUUGAAACAGUGGACAGACACUGAACAUUUGUCUUUCGAUAACAUUCCUAAUACACUUGAAACAUCAUUUUACGAUCAAUUUCUCAGAAUAUUUGGAAACGAUGACGCUCAGUUUGGUAGUACACGAAAAAUCUUAGAAAUAUUGUGUGCAAGCACUGAACCGCUGUCUGAGGAAGAAAUUUUCGAAAUUGCUAACAUCCCUGAGGCUGAUCAGAUUAACACAAUUAAGUUGAUAGGAAAUGAAUUAAGCCAUUUCAUCAGACUAGUUCGUGGGAAAGUAAUAAUCCUUCAUAGGUCGCUCUCGAAAUUUCUAACAAAUAACGAAAGGAGAAGAGAACAAUUCUACAUAUCAAAACAAAAUGGUUGUGCCCAUUUGUCUUACUACUUCCUACGAAGUGUGAAUUCUAAACGGAGUUUCAAUGAUACUGAUAUUUUACAGUUAACAGAAUAUGUAUCUUGCUCGAAAAAUCAAUCAUUGAAAGAUCUCUACUUGAAAUCUGGAAAAAAAUUCUAUUCUAGUAUUCACUACAGGACUAGAUUUACGCAUCCUCCGAUGUUCCUUCUUCACCGAGCUGCGCUGAGAUUGAAUUCAUACUCCAGUAUGUCUCUUUUUCUUGAUCUGUAUUUAAAAUUUCCGUUGGCACAUGUUGACGAAAAUGACGAUGGAAAUAUCACUGCUUCGUACGUGGCUGCGGCCUAUGGUAAUCAUGAAGGACUUGUGGCUCUUUUGAAAUAUAGAGCCAACGUGAAUUUUACCAGAUUAGGACCCAGAAUAAUGAAUACUUCUUUUAAUGACAUAGUCAAAUUCAGCAAACAUUCUGCCCAGUGGGAGUACAAUCUUUUGAAUAUUGCCUCUCAAAAUGGACAUCUUAAUGUCGUUCGCAUUCUUCUCCGAAAUAGGGUUCAUAUGAAACAUAAAAUUUCCUGUGGACUCGAUUCUUUUCAACUGGCUUCCGAAUUUGGACAAACUUCGGUUGUGAAAUACUUUCUAAUGAAUUACAUGAGUACAUUUCAUAACAGUUUAAAUUUCUCUCUCUAUCUGGCCUCUAAAAACGGACACGAAGAUAUCGUAUCAAUAUUAUUGUAUCAUGGAGCUGUUGACAUUUGUCUUCCUUGCACAGGGAGGAUGUAUUGGACAAAGUUUCACCAAACUCGUUUACAAGUUAUUGACAAUGAUUUUGAUUUGCAGCAGUUUAACUACAUUUUUAAGGAUGACAGACGGAUGAUACGAUGCGAGACAGCGAUAGAAGUAGCAAUUCAGAAUGGACACACUGAAGUUGUAAAACGUUUAAUAGCACACUCCAAUUCUAGUCUAGACUGUAGAGAAUCUGGUGGUAGAACACGUCUUUUGACAGCAGCUAGGUUUGAUCGGACAGACAUUUUAGAGUUCUUUAUGUCUCUCAACGUGUCGUUUGCUCAUCGCUGUGUUUCUGGGUAUCAGAAUAAGGAGGAAUUUGAACUUAGCAAGACGGAGGAAUUGGAAUAUGAUAAAAACCUGUGUUUGAAUAACAUGUCAGUGUUUCACCUCGUCGCUGAGUAUGGAAGUUCGAAAACCGUAGUUUUGCUGUAUGAUAAUUUUAAAAACGCUUUCUGGACAGCGCGUGAUAUAUUUGGAGCAACACCUUUACACUACCUAGUUUGUCAAGGAAGACUUGAAUUGAUCAGUAAUUUCGAAAGCAAUUACAACAUCAGAUCAUACAAUGGUUCUACACUAUUACACUCAGCAGCCAUAUGUAAACAAUACUCCCUUCUUGACUUCCUUCUCAUCCGAAUACCUGAAUCUCCUUUGGAUAAUAGGAAACAAGGCUUUGUUCAUUACCUUGCUCAGAGUGAUAGUUUUAAAUAUGAAAAUGUACAAUCCGUCAUUGACCACACCCAACCUUUAAGAAAAACAGUUUUGGGAAGAAUAAAACAAGAAUUAUUUUCCCGAGAUGCGAUGAAGAGAACCCCGCUUCACUACGCGGCUAUUCACGGAAAUAUAAAUUUUUAUCUGCUUUGUUUUGAACUCGAUUGGAAUCACACAAAUUGGAACGAUCUGUUUGGGCUUCGUGACAUCAACAAUUUAACAGUACUAGAUUUGUUGUUUAAAAAUUUACCGCCAUAUGAUAGUUUUCCAAAAUCAAUUUUAACACCUACAAAUUCCUUUAUUAUAAACCCACAUCAGCAUUUUAUCUCUUUAAUUCUCGAUAGAUCAUUUCUAAGAAAUAUGAUAGAAAAGAAACUUAAUGUAUUCUGUCAGUACAGUGUCCGACGUGGAUAUCCUCGUAUCCUUGAAAGACUUUUGAGAAAAUACCUGGAACAUGGUUAUAAUAUUAGCCAUUUUUAUGAAUGCGUAUCAUUUUUUUUCCAUACAAUCCCUACAAUGGAAUACAUACACCCAAUGUAUUUUGGUCUUUUCCCCUUAUCGUCUUUCUUGAAAUGUAACUGUGAUAGUUUGAAAACGUUUACAUUUCAUAAGUUGAUGGAAGACCGCAAGAGAUCGUUUAGAAUGUACGUUAAGACAGCACUGAAUUUUAAGAUGAACUGUAAAUAUAUGAAUUUUUGCUAUGAUGACGAAGGAUAUAACCCGUUACAUAGGGCUGUUAUUGGGGGAAAUUUUGAUGGUUUCGAAUAUCUAAUUGACAAUGGAAUGUCUGUGAAUGUCAAAACUAAAGACGGGAGGGAUAUUUUGGAUUUAGUAAUUGAGUAUGCACAAUGCUCUCCAGAAUAUUACGGUUUUAUGAAAGAAGCAAUGUCUACAAACAUGUCUUUUUCAAAUACAAUAGAAGUUGACAUCCUGCGGGGGAGAAGAUAUAAUAAAAUUGCUAGCUAUAUAGCACAAAACACGAAACUUAUCAAAAAUAGGACCCCAAUGCAAAUAUGCAACAGGAACACAAACGCUCUCAGCAUAUCUCAUCUUGCUGCCGCUAAAGGUCUUGUGAACGUUUUAAAAGCAAUUCAAAUAAACUUUGGAGAAACUUAUGCUGAUUGCACGAAUUAUAUUAAUAUUUCAACAACAUAUCUAUUAAAUUUUUUCGGUCAUUUAUCAUUCCAUACGACUGAGUCAAUUGAUUUUGAAUCCUCUGCUGCAUUAUAUGUUAGAUAUGCGUUGGACUUCAGACCAUUCCUUUAUCCCAAGGGUUCUGUACUUUGGAAAUGUAAGCGUAGAAUCUCAAAUUUCAGAAACGCAAAAUCGUUACUAAGCUGCGCUAGUAAAGCGAAUGAGGAAAGGGUGGUACUUUCUAUGCAAGUUAUCAAGUUGAGUGGUGUAAAAUCAGGAGAUGAUUAUGACAAAUUCUGUCAGUCUUGUGGAUAUGAUAAAUUUCUUUCAGACAAACCUCAAUUUAAUUGUAUUGUUAACGACGUAAAGAAAUUUUUGAAAAAUCCUAAGACAUAUAAGUACAAGUACUUACUGGAAUACAAAAGACAUGAAGUUUUAUUUGAAAAAGUCAAUUGUAAAAUGAAGAGGAAUAAAAGUAAAAAAUGUCUCUCAAUUAUAUCGCAGAAAAUAAAACUGAAGCGAAAAGCUCAGAGCGUUUUCUUUAGCAUAAGCGUCGGAAUACCAUGGAUUAUUAUUGGAAAUUUAUACGAGUAUGACAUAAUGAAACCUUUCCAAAUUUCUGUUGAAACUGAAUAUGUUUCUACUUCAAGCAGUACUAUUACAUACAUUAUUGCAUAUGUGUCUCGAUUGUAUCUCCAACAUCACCAUGGAUUUAGUUCUUUAAAGAAAUAUGACUACUGGGAUGCUUUACGAAAAAGUGGAAACAUUAGAGGAAAGACAAUGGUCCGCACAAUUCUGAAUACUCCAAUAUCUGAAAUUCGGAAAUGGAAAGGAACUAGACAAAGCAGGCUUAUGUUAAGAUACAUUCUUUAUAACGAUCAUGCAAGUGAUACACCUUUACGUGAUUACGACAUUCUCAGGAAAAUGAUGGAUAGUCUCUGAAGACGGGAUCUUUUCUUGAUGUUUGAUAUCCAAUUAUGAAUACCAGAUAAAGUUAAUGGACAGAAACGCUGUGCUAAUUAAAUUGUUUACCAUGUUACGAAGCUGUUCAUGGAAGAUCAUGGCGCAUCUGAUUUUUAUAUUCAUGUGUGCAGACAUAUACCUAUGAUACCAUUGUUGUUAAUAAAAUACAGAAUCACUGACA